UCUCGCAAUUGAGUAAAUAUCUCGCAGUUCCGAGUGUAUAUCUUAAAAUUGACUUCUUCUCAGAAUUGUGAGUGUGUAUAUAUAUCUCAAAAAUGAAUUUAAAUCUUGCAAUUAUGAUUUUUUUCUUGCAAUUGCAAGGUUAUAUCUCACGACUAAUCUUAGAACUGUAAAUUUAUAGCUCACCGUUUUGAGUUUCUCACAAUUCUGAGUUUAUAUUUCACAAUAAUUUUCUUAAAAUUGCGAUUUUGAUUUUGUAUCUCAUAAUUGUUUAUAUCUCGCACAAUUCCGAGUUCAUAUCUUGCAUUUCUGUCUUUUUUCCUCACAAUUACAAGUUUAUAUCUCACAAUAAUUACUUUUCUUAGAAUUACGAAUUUAUAUCUCGCACUUUUGAUUUUGUAUCUCAUGAAUGAGUUUAUAUCUUGCAGUUAUACGUUUUUUUCUCACAAUUGUGUGUUUAUAUCUCACGAAAAUAACUUUUUUUAUAGUUUCGAAUUUAUAUUACAAUUUUGAUUUUAUAUCUCAUGAUUGAGUUUAUAUCUUGAAAUUAUUAUUUUUUUCUCACAAUUGCGAGUUUAUAUCUCACGAAAAUAACUUUUUAGUUGUGGAUUUAUAUCUCGCAGUUGAGCUAAUAUUUGACAAUUUCAAGUUUAAACUUGAUUUUGUUGCACUUUAAUUGGAUUAUUGUUCUGUGAAUUUGCAGCCUUGCUUGAAUAUUUUGGUGGUUGCAUAGAGUUAGCGUGACAUUAGCUUUUAAGGCAAAAUGGAUGUGUAUUGAAGAGGGCUGAAAUCUCUUCUCUCGCAGUUUUGGGGUGCCUUCAUCCUGCAGCACGUCUCAAAACUGCUGCUGAGGUCUGGAGAUGCUUCAGGUUGUGUCUAGUUGUUCAUGCUGAGGUUGGCGUGAACAUGAUGAGUGUUUGGAGUCUAACGCUGAUUAUGCAUCUGCUUGUCUAGACAGUCUUAUGGUAAGCUAUGCCAUGGAUAACAUCACUCUAAAUAUACGCAUCUAACCUUGAACAUUCUCUGAAUAUAUUAUUAGUUAUCUAUUAAUAAUACAAAGAUAAUUGAAUCCCGUAAUGAUGUUUUUAACAUUCAGAGAACAUUCAGAAAUAACAUUUUCAUAAUGGGUUGUGACAUUACUUUUAUGGCAGUUAUUAAACAUAUAUUCCCUCCAGUUCUCAUAACUGUAAUGUCAAAAUAAAUAAUAAAUAAAUAUUGACUCAAGCUUUUUUGUUGUUGUACCUGAGGCAAAAUUUCUAAUUUUUAUUUAAUUUUUCAAAACAUUUUAUUUACUUGCUUACUUUCUGGAUGAAGUGAGGCCUAGACAUUUCAAGUGAUUCUUCACUGCAUUAGACAAUUUUGUUAGAUGAUUGCAAUCCUUGCAUUUUAUACGAAGUUCGCUGCCUUAUAGCACUGUUGUCAGUUUAUAACAUUCAUAAGAACAUCACUGAGAGGAUGUUUUCCCCACGUUGCCUGUCUCCUCAUGUGCAGGUGCUGCGGUCAGAUUCAUCAGUGUGAUGCAUUGAAGUUUGACCUGAUUUUCAGAUGUGUGAAACCUCUCUCAAAUGUAAUGUUCCCAUUCUCAGAGUUUUGUAAACAAAAUCAUGUUUAUAAUGCAAUGCAUUGCUAUAAAAAUAACUGUCUGUCUUAAAGCAAUGUUUCCCUUCUGCUAUUUACACAGUCUUGCAACUCAUAUUAAUAAAAUAAAUAUAUUUUUUUUAACGAAUAUUUUGAUUCGCAUGACAUGGCCCAGAUAUGCAUCACACAAGGGAAAUCCUCAGCUGGUUCUGAGGUGAUGCCCUCAUUCUCAGUGAUUUGCAUCUGUCUGAAGUGAAUUCAUGGGCUUGUGUGCAAUGCAAAACACAUGUGAAGUGUUAUUUAGUGUGAGACGUGAUCCAGAAAUGAAUUAAAGUACAUGCAUCGUCGCGUUAUUAAUAUCACCUGUCACAUGAAUGACAUUUUAAACGAAAUAUAUAUUAUUUUUUAAUUAUUUCAUGUCAAAACACGAAACCUAAAUCAUAUCUAAUGAAAUAUUAUAGCCUUGCAUAUCCCAAACUUUCAACGACGUUUUGCCUUUAUUUUAUAUCUUUCCUCGUCCUUCAUUUUUUCUUCUGUUUCUUGCAUUUGCAUAGUGUGAGGGUGUUAAUUAUGGUUAAUAUUUUAAUCACUGGUGAGUCUGAUUCACACAUUCAGAUUAAGUUACAGUGUAAGCGCGUGACGCACGGCACGUGUCUGUUACCACGACAACAACAAACUUCACUGAGAAACUGAAAGUGAGUAGCUAACGUUUUGAAUCUAUUUAACUAUCUAAUGAAUAGAUUAUUUAAAACCUAUAAUAUGCUUAAAAAGUUGUAGACCUCCUCUAGCACUAAUGACCGAGUUAUAGCUAUUUAUUGUCGCAGCUUCUUGUUUUGUGGCCAGUUUUAGCUGCAUGUCUCGGAGUCAGUCUUCACGGAGAACCGGGAGCAUGAGGCCGGUAAACGCCGCCGCUGACGGCCGGAAGAUGCGCAGCAUCAUCGCGGAGGAUCCCGAGUGGUCCCUGGAGCUGGUUCCUCUGCUAACAACUCUCUGUCUACAACACAUCAUAAAACAUUUCAGAGAGAAACCUAUUUUGGAUGAACUUACGCCCAACUACAAAGCAUACGUCCUCCAGCGACUACCAACGUCUCUUCCCUUGACCAUCACUGCAAACCUCAUCAGUGACGAGAGCUACUGGAAACGCUGCUGUGAGGCUCUCUGGGCCGUCAGUGACGUCUCCACCUACGACAACAGCUGGAAGCGCAUGUUCUUCGAGCGUCACCUAGAGAACAUCAUUGAAUACUUCAUCCCAGAUGCAACCGACACCAGGACAGUCCUGGACGCGGUGCCACUGUGUGGAAGCUACGUGAAGCGACUGAGAGUCUCUCAGCUGCUGCCACCCAUCCGAGAGUCGGCCCGGUUUGACGAGGACGACCGCUCGGAUUGUGCCAGCGACACGGGCAGCGAAGGACCCUCGGUGGAUCACUUCGAUUUCCGUAUUCUGCUCGACAAACUUCCGAACCUGGAAGAGCUCAGCGUGGUGUACGGCGUGAAAGGAUGCGGCAUGAACUUCGAGUGGAACUUGUUUGAGUUCACCUUCAGAGACUGUGAAUCCCUCGCAAAAGCCCUUCAUUCCUGCAAGACUUUACAGGUCUUCAGGAUCCAUCGCAGUAAGGUGGACGAUGAGAAGUGUUGUCUGCUUGUGAGUCAACUGCUGGAUCACCCGUCUCUACAGGAGCUCGACUUUUCACACAAUCACAUCGGGGACCGCGGAGCCCGAGCCAUCGGAAAGCUCCUGAACCGCAGUCAGCUGAAGAAGCUGGUCAUCUGCAACAACCAGAUCAGAGGUCCAGGAGCUCAGGCGCUGGCUCAUGCUCUGUCCAGAAACACCAGCCUGAUGUCCCUCAACCUCAGGCUCAACCGCAUCGGGGAUGAAGGGGGUCAAGCUCUGGCUCAGGCUCUGGUGAAGAACAAGACCUUGGUGAACCUUCAUCUGGGCGGAAAUAAGAUGACCGAACCCUCGGCCGUGGCGCUGUCUCAGGCCCUGGUGGAGAACUGUACCCUCGAGAACCUAAACCUGUCCAACAACAAACUGGGAGUUGACGGAGGGAAGGUUCUGGAGGAAGGGAUGUCCCACAACAGCAGUCUGGUGGAGUGUGACCUUCGGCUGACCGAUGUGGCUCAGGACAGUGAGUACUGCAUCACUCAGGCUCUGCGCACCAAUCAGAGCCAAGCUGCAUGCAAAAAUCAAACACCAGGAUGAUCCCAGUGUCAAAAUCUGAGCCAAUGAAGAACAUCGUACACAAAUAAAAAAAUCGCUCUCACUAUCUCUAUCAUUAUUGAAGCAAGACCUUACAGACAUUUAACUGACUGAUAUAAAUAUACUUUGCAUAGUUCAUAUUUCACCCUAAAA